AUGGCGUCCAAACCCAUUGAAGAUUACGGAAAGGGAAAGGGCCGUGUCGAGCCCAUGUACAUCCCCGACGGCACCUUCUACAAGGCUGAGGACUUCCUCGUGCCCUCUCACUGCAAGCCUUACAUUGAUAAGAUCCUCCUUCCUGGUGGAUUGGUCAAGGACAGAGUGGAGAAACUGGCAUAUGACAUCCACAGAACCUACUUUGGUGAGGAGCUGCAUAUCAUUUGCAUCCUGAAGGGGUCUCGCGGAUUCUUCAACCUUUUGAUCGACUACCUCGCUACCAUCCAGAAGUACAGCGGUCGCGAUUCCAGCGUCCCCCCCUUCUUCGAGCACUACGUUCGCCUGAAGUCCUACCAGAACGACAACAGCUCUGGCCAGCUCACAGUCUUGAGCGACGAUUUGUCCCAGUUCAAGGGCAAGAACAUCUUGAUUGUCGAGGAUAUCAUCGACACUGGCUUCACCCUGACCGAGUUCGGCGAGCGCCUGAAGGCUGUUGGCCCCAAGUCGAUGAGAAUCGCCACCCUCGUCGAGAAGCGCACCGACCGCUCUAACGGCUUCAAGGGUGACUUUGUUGGCUUCUGCGUCCCCGAUGUGUGGAUCGUUGGUUGCUGCUACGACUUCAACGAAAUGUUCCGCGACUUCGACCACGUCGCCAUCCUGAGUGAAAGCGCCCGCAAGCAGUUCCAGAUUACAAGCUUUGUGACCAGCCGAAUCUAUUUGGCAAAACGAGAUUCCGAUCAAAUCCAUUGA